GUGGCUUUCACUCCUGUAGAGCGUUUCAUCCACGACCGCGUGCUGGCUCAAUCAAGCGCCGCAUUGCAUCGUCUGCUUGUGAGUGAAGCCACAGUCUCCCAAGACACUCCUAUCAGCCAACUUCCUGGAGAUGCUCACUGGCGUCUAGUAGCUCUGGUUACCCGUCUUCGACAAGCUUGCACACACGCCAGUCUUGUUGUAGCAGCGGGAUCUGCUUCCGCAUUGAUCAAUGGCAGUCGAGCCUCCCGAGCAUCCGCAAUUAAUCGUCGUCAUAUACCAAGCCGUACAAAGCGCAUACAUUCAUCUAGCGGUUUGAAAAUUAACGAUCAUUUGAAAUACAAUGAGACAAUGAAUGUAGGCGAUCUGGAAGAUGACGAUGAUGAGGGGGGAAUAGAGGCGAAUGCCGUUGUCUUCUCCAACCGGUCUCUAGGAGCAACUGUUGCGGCAGCCAGAGCAACCAGACAUCUUAGUUUAGGGUAG